AUGCUCGGCAAGAUCGCACUCGAAGAGGCCUACGAGAUGGCCGGCAUGGAAGCCAAGUCCCGCCGCGAAGCCGCCCUCUACAUCAACCCCAACGACCGCACCCGCUACAUGCGCCAGAUCAGCGACGUCAACGACGAGCGCGUCAAGCUCGCCGACGACCACGGCAUCGGCUACACCAUCAUCUCCCUCACCGUCCCGGGCAUCCAGGGCAUCGCCGACCAGGCCGAGGCCGAGCGCCGCGCCACCGAGGUCAACAACUGGGCCCACGACCAGAUCAAGGCCCGCCCCGACAAGCUCGGCGCCUUCGCGUGCCUGUCGAUGCACGACCCCGCGCAGGCCGGCCGCGAGCUGACGCGCUGCGUCAAGGAGCUCGGCAUGCACGGCGCGCUGCUCUGCGACUUCCAGCAUGCGGGCCCCAACGGCGAGACGUACAAGUUCUACGACCAGCGCGAGUACGACGUCUUCUGGAAGGUCGUCUGCGAGCUCGAUGUUCCGGUGUACAUCCACCCCGCGGCGCCUGCCGAUGUGAUGUUUGACAAGUUGUACGCGGAGCGCAAGUACCUCAUCGGCCCGCCCCUGUCUUUCGCAAACGGCGUCAACCUACACCUCAUGGGCAUGAUCUCGAACGGCGUAUUUGACCGCUUCCCGAACCUGAAAAUCAUCGUUGGCCACCUGGGAGAGCAUUUGCCACUAGACUUUUGGCGCAUCAACCACUGGUUCGAGGAUGUCAAGAAGCCCAUCGCCAAGGACGAGGGCAACGAGGACAACAUGUGCAAGAAGACCAUCUACGACUACUUCAAGCAGAACAUCUGGGUCACCACCAGCGGCCACUUCUCCACGCACACGCUCAAGUACGUUGUCGACGAGAUUGGCGCCGACCGCGUGCUUUUCAGUGUCGACUACCCCUACGAGACCAUCGAGAACUGCUCCGCUUGGUGGGACGGCAAGGCCGAGGAGGUCAAGGAGGCGGUUGGUGGCGUGGAGAACUACCGCAAGAUUGGAAGGGACAAUGCGAAGAAGCUACUCAAGCUUGGUAGCUUCCACGACUCUGAGGCCCCUGUUUCUUAG